CCUCGUUGACUGAACCCGUUUCGCGACAUUUGCAUAAAUUUGGAUUUAUGUCUCUUAACUAUAACUUCAAGAUGAAGUUAGUGUUCUUCUUCAUCCUCACCGUUGGCUGCUUGGCGGCAGCAGGCCAAGAAGCAUCAACAUCGAAGAAGAAAUUGAAGCCUUACAUGGAAGUGCGAGAUGAUUGUUAUGGCGAGAACCCUAAAGAAAAGUAUGCCCACCCUCAAGACGUCCUGAAGAACGUGGAAAUCACGAAUCUAAAAGCACAAACCCAGCUCAGGUCGCAUGUAGAUCUCAUAGGAAAAGUAGUUGAGACUGUCCCUGAAACCACCACCCCCAAAGGAACUACCCCCGACGAUGGUAAGGCAGACAAGGCCACCGCCAAGACCACCGAGACCCCUGAUAACUUGGCGACUGCUUCUACAGCCAAGGUGGAUGAAAAGAUCAAUAGCCAUUCGAAGACCACCACUGAACAGCCCACAAAACCAUCUUACCCAUUCCGUACUCAGCCGAAGGUGGUCAAUGGACUGGUGGCCGGCGAGGAAGACCCCCAACAGCUAAGCUAUGUGAUUGGAUCUUGGCCCAUGUAUAUGGACAACAGUCCAAAUAUCUACGACUUGGUCAUACUAAUCCUGAAUUUUGUGUUGUAUAGAUACCGUUAAUUAUGUGAAGCAAAUCAAGAAACUGUAAUAAUAAAUCAAAUUUAAUCAUUAUUUUAUUUUAUUAGCCCGUCCACUGCCUU